AUGGUAAGACGUCGUACCCAAGAGGAUGAGGAAGAGAUCAUUAGGGUACCCGCUUUUGAUAACUCGGAUCUCAUUGCAAAGUUUAAGCGAACCCUAACUGGAAGGUUGUUCCAUCCAGACGGCAGAAGAAACAACAAGUUUCUUUUUGACUUCGAUAAGGAUGAAGAUCUGGAGAAAGUUCUGCUAAAACGCCCAUGCCACUUCAAUAAGUGGAGCUUCGCUUUAGAACGAUGGACCCCGACAAUCAAGGAAGAUUUUCCAAACACAAUACCCUUUUGGGCUUACGUUGUGGGUGUUCCGAUACACUAUAGGAAGCUGGAGACCUUUGAGAGCGUGGGAAAGGCACUGGGAGCUUUCGAUAAGGCUGAUAUGGAAGGAAGUCGGGUGGGAGUCUUUCUUAAUGGAGAUAUACCCCUGAAGUUUGAGUGUAAAGUUGGAUUUGAUAAUGGGGACGUGGCGAAAGUGACAAUACAGUAUGAAGAUCUCUAUAGACAUUGCUUCUCCUGCAAGCGAAUCUCACACGAAGAGGGAACAUGUCCAGAGCUAAAUGAAGAAUAG